AUGCCGCUACUUCUACCAGCAUCAACCCUCUCCGCCGCUGCACGAGCAACCACGUCCAAGGUCACCCUCGAAGCAUCCCUACCCCUGGCGAGACACUCGCGUUGCCGCCGCCACUUUUCUCGCUCUUGCAUUCUGCAGACGCAACAAGAUGCCGAGCAAAAUGAUACCUCCACCAAGAUCCGAGCGCUGAUGAGGGAGUCUGCACAACCCGUAGCCCUCGUCACGACCUUGUUGCCAAGCGCGGGAAAAGCGACAAAACACAUCCACGCAGCAACGCUGUCGAGUUUUACGUCGAUCUCGCUCGACCCGGAUCUGGUGUGCUUUUCGAUAAAGACACCGUCGAAGCUGGCGGACGCGCUGUCAUCGCACGUCGCAUCGCGGCGAACGCACGCGGUACAGGAGCAAGAGGGGGCUGGCGUGGAUUUCGUCAUCAACAUGCUCUCGGCCAAACAGGCGCCCCUGGCCGCGGCCUACGCCGUGCCCGGUACGCCGCCACUGGCCUUACCAUUGACAGUGGACCACAGCGGGGCGGAAGGUGGACACCCGCUGGUGCAGGCUGGACUGAUAGAAGCAGAAAAGGGGACAGUACCGCUUGUGCAAGGUUCGAUCGGCGCCCUGGCGUGCCAAGUCGUAGACAGCGUCGAAUUGGAUAGGUACCGCCUCACCCACAGCACACCGGAAAGAGAUGCGCAGAAGAGUAGACUCUACAUCGCCCGUGUCGUCCACGUCCACUGCACAGCACCGCACGCCGAACUCAGACCGCUCAUCUAUCACCGUCAGACAUUCGUCUCCACCACGGACGACUCACUCAUUUGA